GUCUCGCACGACUGAACACACCCCUACGCUUCUCUCUCUCCCUGCUCGUCGUCACUACUCCUCCAGAUACACACCAAGCUCUCCAUCGCCGCUUGUCUCCCGCGCCGAGCCGCACCACCACCACCACCACACGCUCACACACCGCCGCGGCACGGCUAUUGCAGUCCGCACGCUGUCACUCACAGAACGCCAUGGCGAAUCCUAUAGCUUCGGCAUGGCAGUCCUUCUGGCACACCAUGACCUCCAAUGACCGCCAUGCCUCCCACGACUCCCCCUAUCGCACCGGCCGCCAUAUCCCCCUCCCGCAGAGCCGCCAUGCUCCCCUCACAUCUGUAGCCACCAGCGGCGCCGAAUCACGCGUCGACCUCUCCCAAUCCUACUCCCACGACGAAGCGCCUACGAGCAACGGCUUCAUCGGCUCUCCAAAGGGUCCCAUGUCCCCUGCAUCCCCCCGCCCCUACUCUCCCGGCCUUCGUUCCCUAAGCCGUCAAGCCACCGCCGAGUCCGACAAUUUUGACAACCGUGGAGGCACUGCCAAUGGCGAGAUGGAGAUGCGGGACUUCGCCGACGGUGUACCUCCCCCUCCCCCGGUCUCCCACUCCUGGAAACGCAUCGACCGCUUCCUCGAGGACAACUACGGGGAGCUCUUCGACAACCUGUGCGAGGGUGCCACCUCCAACGACGUCAAUGAGCUCGAGCAUGAGCUUGACGCCACACUGCCCAUGGACGUUCGAGAAUCGCUGCAAAUCCACGAUGGUCAGGAACGAGGUGGCUUACCGACGGGAGUCAUCUUCGGCCUCAUGCUCCUUGACUGCGAGGAAAUCAUCAUGGAGUGGCAGAACUGGCGGAAAGUAGCCGAGGAGUACUUGUCAGCAAAACCCGACUACCGCUCCCCUCAAAUCCCAGUCAAAGCUUUCGCAGGCGCGUCCACAGCACCCCCCGUAGCAGAGGUCCAGCAACGACCUGGUAAUGGUCUAUGGAGACAGGAGUUACUCGCAAGGCAGGACUCGCAGCCCCCGAACGCCGUGCAAAAGGCCUACGCUCACCCGGCCUGGAUCCCCCUCGCCCGCGACUGGGGAGGCAAUUACCUUGCCGUCGAUCUUGCGCCGGGCCCCGCCGGUCAUUGGGGCCAAAUCAUCAUCUACGGCCGCGACUAUGAUUGCAAGUACGUGGUAGCACGCAGCUGGGCGCACCUGCUCGCCAUGGUGGCCGACGAUUUCGGAAACGCGGAGAAGGUGCACAUCGACGAGGAGACGGGGGAACUGAAGUUUCUGGAGUUCAAGAAGAGGCAGAAUGUGGAGCCGCCGUAUCUGGAGAUUCUGAGGUGGAGAUGCGACCAAAAGUAUGGGAGGAGGGUGGUCAAGAGGAGGCCGAUGAGUGGAGCUCCGGGUGGGGGGUUGAGGGUGAAUGCGAACGUGGGAGGGAGCGGGUUGGGCAGCGCGGGAAGCAGCCCGUAUGGGAGUCCGGUUGUGGGCCCCGAGGAGAGGAGGGGGAGGAGUCCGCAUCGGUUGGCGCCGGCGUCAGGUUCGUCCGCGAAACCCGGGUCAUCGAAGUCGAAAGGAAUCAGUCCGCGGGGGCCGGUUGCUGUGUCGAGCCCGUUGGCGCGUGUAGCGGAGGAAGCCCCGACGCCGAUACGGGUGCAUACGUCGUCUUCGGUCGUGGAGGCGUUGGAUAGUAAAGCGGGAGCUGCGAUGGAGACGCUCAUAUCGGUGGAUACGCCUAGGCCUAGCGGGGAAAUUGGAAGGAAGGAGGCGGAUGGGAGGGGAAGUGUGGAUAAGGAGAAUAAGAGGGUGAGUGAGGAUGGGAAGGGCAAGAAGGAGAAGGGGGAUGAGGAGGGCGAGUUGAAGACUGUGGAGAUAUGAGAAUGGCGACGAGGUGAUGGGGGCAUUGCUUGAUUGGUUUGCGGUGUUUUUUGUGGUGUUCAGCUGAGGU